AUGCCGAAACGGAGCGCCGUUUUGUCGUCCCCGCAGAAGCCCGAACAUUUUUGCAGCACCUGCGGUCAAGGCUUUUGCCAAGUUUCGUCGUUGAAUGCUCAUCAGGAGGUGAUCCACAGUAACAGAAAGCUUAUCAUCGACCUUCCGGAGUUCGAAAUACCGGACUCGGUCGAAUGGCCGCUGCCGUCGAUGUUGAAGCGCGAGCGCCGCGAAGAGGCGAAAGCCGAAGGCGUAUCGGCGGCUCAGAAUGCUGCUGAAAUUUCGGCUGAGGGCGUCCUCGAAGCGCCCGUGUCCACGGCACGCAGACUUAAGUGUAAGUUGUGUAGCGUUGCGUUCACAGAUCGCUUGGAAUGGGCGCAACACAUACGUCAGGAUCAUGAUGGCAGUCCUCCUCCGCAAACGACAUCGAGGAGGAGGACUGUGGAUGACGACGAUGUUAUCAUUAAAAAAGCCAGUAAACGGUGGACGACAAACCUUAGAGGGAUUCGGUACGAAAACUUGGACGAUGAAUCACGGGCAAAAAUGGUGCAAUGUCCAGAAUGCAAGUUGUUCUAUAGUGACAAUCGUGGACUGGGUGCGCACAUGUACCACAAGCAUUCAGGCGACAGGGCCUUGCGAAAGGCAGCAUUUUCGACACCCGGACGUAAACCGAAGAAGUUGGCUCGGUAUCAUGAUGGCAUAGAAGAAACUUCACCAGUACAGCAUCCGCUACUUGAGUCUCAAGUGUUGUAUGAACCGACGGCGACCAUGGUGAACAUUGUUGAUGGUGAUAACGAACUGCCAUCGCUGACCAAACAAGGACCGCAACUACCGACGGGUGUGGAACAACAGGCCACGACCGUCAGUGCUGUCGCUACUCCUACGUCUGUUGAAGAUAUGGAAGCAGAGGAGCCAGAGAUCGAACCAGAGCCGGAACUUGAGGACGAACUGGAUGCUGAAGAAUCAGUAUCUGAAGUGGAGAACUAUCCUUGCAAGUACUGUGCAGAUCGUGUGUUCCUAACCUCCUACGGUUUGGAGCGUCAUACGAAGCUCAGCCACCCGAAGUGCGUGUAUUCGGUCAUGCAGGACAUCGAGCGAUUGCAAAGCUUCGCAACGCCAUCUGACGAAUUUGCGGAUGGAAUGUCCAUCACCCCGAUGGUACCAGGUCCGCCCAAACGAGGACGGCGACCUGGUGCUGGUAGACGGCCCAAAGCGACAGCACAUUUCAAUGCACGCAGCAGCGGCUUCACACCUCCUCCAGACCUGAGCGACAGCAUGGGUGACUUCAGCACUGACCCGACAUGCACCAGGCCAGAAUUGGAGCCAUUCAUGGAGAUCCCGCAACCGGACGACUUGGAUUUCCAUCACGAAAUCAAAGAUGCUAAAACCGUCACUGUUAUGCCACGCACGGUCAUGCCAUCAUCGACCGAAACAACGUUAACCAGUGAUUCAACGUCCACCGCUGCUCCUCUUUCGCUGGAAAAUGACCGCGACGUCUUUCGGGUAAUUAUGUUAAUUUUUCUUCAAAAUAAAUAGAU